AUGUCAGACGAUUGGGAUGCUGACGACUUUGAGCCGCCGCCAGUCGUGGUGGCGAAAGAGCCGGUGAAGUCAUCGUGGGAGGACGAGGAAGAGGAGGAAGAAGCACCGGCCCCCACCACCACCGCCUCAGCGAAGCCCAAGGGCGAGAAGAAGAAGAAGAAAGCGGAGGACAAGGGCAAGGGCAAGGAGAAGGAGGAGGAGGAGGAGGUGGAUGAUGGAGUGCUCGCAGACCCUGUAGCGGAGAAGCUAAGACAGCAACGGCUCGUGGAGGAGAGCGACUUUAAGGCAACAAAGGAGCUGUUUGGUGGGAAGAAAAGGAGGCGGAGCGGUCACUGGACGACUUUCUACCUAAAAGCGAGGCAGACUUUAACGAGUUUGCAGACCUGA